CGCAGGCGCGCUGGCCCGGCGUGGCGGUAGCGUGGGAAGUGCUGGCUAGGACUUCGCUGGUGCCAGCGCCUCCCUGUGCCAGACUGUCAUGGAAGGGCUAUUGAUAAGAUUCAGAGCGCAGUCUGUCCUGGCCACCUGCAGCCACCAGCUCUCUGGGUAUGUUCCCCUUAGGUCUCACCACGGUGCCCCAAAGAGAGGGCAGCGCUUAGUGCUGUCCCGCUUGUUCCAGCCUCAGAACCUUCGAGAAGACCAGGUGCUCUCCCUAGAGGGCAAGUCUGGUGACCUGACUUGUAAGAGCCAGCGGCUGAUGCUGCAGGUGGGCCUGAUCCACCCGGCAAGCCCUGGCUGUUACCACCUCCUGCCUUACACCGUCCGUGCCCUGGAGAAGCUCGUGCGGGUGAUAGACCAGGAGAUGCUGGCCAUUGGGGGCCAGAAAGUCAACAUGCCCAGCCUCACCCCAGCAGAGCUCUGGCGAGCCACCGGCCGGUGGGACCUGAUGGGCAAGGAGCUGCUGAGACUGAGAGACAGGCACGACAAGGAAUACUGCUUAGGACCGACUCACGAGGAAGCCGUCACGGCCCUGGUUGCCACCCAGAAGACACUGUCCUAUAAGCAGCUUCCACUCCUGCUGUACCAGGUGACCAGGAAGUUUCGGGAUGAGCCCAGGCCUCGCUUUGGUCUUCUCCGGGGCCGAGAGUUUUACAUGAAGGACAUGUACACCUUCGACUCCUCCCCAGAGGCCGCCCAGCAGACCUACAGUCUGGUGUGUGACGCCUACUGCAGCCUCUUUGACCGGCUGGGGCUGCAGUUCGUCAAGGUCCAGGCAGAUGUGGGCAGCAUUGGGGGCACGAUGUCACACGAGUUCCAGCUGCCCGUGGAUGUUGGAGAAGACCGGCUUGUAGUCUGCUCCAGCUGCAGCUUCUCGGCCAACAUGGAGACGCUAGGCAUGUCACAGAUGAACUGCCCUGUUUGCCAGGGCCCGCUGACCGAGACCAAAGGCAUUGAGGUGGGGCACACGUUUUACCUGGGCACCAAGUACUCUUCCAUCUUCAAUGCCCAGUUUACCGAUGUCCACGGCAAAGCAGCCCUAGCUGAAAUGGGGUGCUAUGGCUUGGGUGUGACCCGGAUCUUGGCUGCUGCCAUCGAAGUCCUGUCUACAGAAGACGGUAUUCGCUGGCCCAGCCUCAUUGCCCCUUACCAAGCCUGCCUCAUCCCCCCUAAGAAGGGCAGUAAGGAGGCGGCGGCUGCAGAGCUCCUGGGGCAUCUGCACGACCACAUCUCAGAGGCUCUGCCCCAGCUUCGCGGGGAGGUACUGGUGGAUGACAGGACCCACCUGACCAUUGGAAACAGACUGAAAGACGCCGGCAAGCUUGGCUACCCCUUUGUGAUCAUCGCGGGCAAGAGGGCCCUCGAGGACCCUGCGCAUCUCGAGGUUUGGUGUCAGAACACUGGGGAGGUGCUUUUCCUCACCAAAGAAGGGGUCCUGGAGUUGCUGACGCAGGUGCAGGUUGUGUAGAUGUCCCGUUCCCAGCCAUGGAGCUCACUCUAACAGUAUGUUUUCCACACUCCUUUUCUGGGCUGGUCUCCCUAGAAGCAGGAGCACAUGGACGGUGAGACCAUG